CUAUAUUUACCCCAAGAUGGUCGCGAACGAUUGCAAAAAGGCUUUGUUGUCAUCGACACACGUAUUUUAACAAACGCUAAUGGUUUGGGGUCAGAUUCUUAUCUUUCUCUCCGCGCUGAGUGGCUAACCACAAAAAAGGAAGCGAUGAACUUCCAGGGCAGUCGGAGGCGGGGAGAGGAUGGCAUCGCCAUGGUGAUUGACUUCCUGCUGUCUAAUGCCCGGCUGGUUCUGGGAGUCGGCGGAGCUGCCAUGCUAGGCAUCGCUACGUUGGCAGUGAAACGGCUGAUAGAGCGCGCGGGCCGAGCGGCUGACGAUGAAAAGGUGGAGCAGAAGAUGGCUGAGAGCUGGGAGGAGUUGAGUUUAGUCUCCGCUUCCCCCACGCUGAUCAAGAAAGGCAUAGAGGGCGUCGUGAUGAAACACGUCGCCAAGGCGGCCAAACAACAGAAAGCUGACCUGUGCCAACAACCUCAGACGGAGGUGCAGCCUAAACCCGAGUCAAAAUCCAAGAGGCUCCAGCUGUGUGUCGUCAGUCUGCAGGAUCGUCUGCAACAGUACUAUCACACAAGGGCGGCUCUAGCUCCACAUGAGGUCCAGAGGGCUCAGUCUUUGGCUCUGGACAUCUGCACUGAGAUCCAGGGCUUUAUGCACAGCCGUCAUCCUGACAUGCCCCUGGGUGAGAUGAACCUCGGAGGUUCUCUUCUGGAUGACCUGCAGGUGGUCAGUGCGGACCAUGCGUGUCUUCUGGUGCCCCUACAACUGGAAGAUUCUCUGUGGCGUCUCAUCCCGGGAGAGGAAACACUGCUCACACACCCACUGCACUGGAUGGUCCGACGAGUCAAUUUAGAAUAUUUUCCCAGAGGACGCAGCUACUGGGACAGGUAUCUGGUGGGCGGUUAUUUGUCCGCAGAAGCUGUUGUGAACAUGUUCAAUAAAGCUGUCAUGGAAACGAUCAACUGGCCGUCCAUCAGCGGCACUUUGGACUGUCUCGUUAGACCCGUACUGGGAGGACCAGACCUUCGACUUGAGAUACGGCCUGAAAAAGAAAAGGUAGACAGCAGUCAGCCGCUCUUCAUCUCCGUGUUGCCUCUGCUGAGGGAGGGGGACGUGGCUCUGACCGCCCAGCCUGAGCUCACCUCUCCCUGGAUCAACGCCUGGCACCUCUCUCUCUACCCGUGGGAGACUCAGCGUCUGGCUCAGCUCGACGCCUCCGACGGUGGCAACCGCAGACUCACGCUUAAAAUCCUCAAGGCGGUGUGCAGGCUGAACCCCGCUCUGCGACCGCUCGAAGCCGCCCCGCUGGCCAACCUCAUCCUGCACCUCAGCGACAGUGAGAGCGACUGGUCCGAGAGCAGCCUGGACGUGCGAUUCCAGCAGUGUAUCACGGAGCUGAUUGGCUACCUCGAGCAAGAGGCGUUGCACAGUUACUUCAAGCCGGCUGUCAAUCUGCUGAGCGGCUUGUCAGAGGACCAGGUGGACCAGAUGGGCUUCAUGCUCUAUUGUGCUGUGUCAGAGCCUGAAAUACUGUUUAUAUAACACCCACAACAACACUUCACAUAUCUCAAGCUCUGACACACACAGAUCAAAGGAAUAUUCUUUUAUCAUUCAUGAUGUUCGGUUCAAGACAAAGCCUCCUCUCCUUGUUUAGCUCCUCCGUCUUGCUUUGAUGCAAACAAACAGGGUACAGUUGCAAUGACAAAAUGGCAGGCACCAUGGACUGACGUCGACACCGGGCAGGAUGAGGAGAAGAAUACAAGGAGACCGCAGAUGUGAAAGUGACAAUCAAGCUAAAACAAACGACCGUGAUGAAAGGAAAAGUGCCAAGGGAGGGAGCCGAGGACGUGUUAAUCAAGAUGUUUGAAACGAUGCUUUCGGGAUGUGCCUGAUCAUAACACACCAGAGCCAAGUCUGCAUUGAAGUUUGUGUGUGAUUGUGUUUCACAUGAGUGUUUUUAGUUUGGGAGACAAUGAAGGGUCAACGCGGACGCAUACAUACAGUUCAGCACAUCCGUCGUCAGCAGAGGAGGAAUACAGAUUAAUAUAUUAUUUCUGUUCUUCAACUGAUAGCGUGUGCUCUGCAUCAUUUUCCUAAAUCUUUAAAUAUUCUAACUAUGCAGAAUAAUAACGACCUGCUGGGUUUCGCUGCACUUAUUAGACGACUCAGUCUGCCCGAGUUGAACUUAUUUAACUCGACAUGUAUAUUUUAUCAUACUGGAGGUUGAAGUGUGCAGUAUUUUUGUUCAUAGUGUUAAGUGUUCAGUCUGUUGCCAAUCUUAUUGGGGUAAAUUAGCCCUUUAAACUAUGGUUAAAGUUGCCUAAUAAUUUUAUGCAGUUGCUUUUAAAUACGGUAUGAAUGUUGUGGGCAUCAUCGGUUGUUUUCUUUGCUGAGUGAAAGAAAAAUUGAUUUUCUGUGAUUGAACAGUGAAACUGCAAACUGAAUUAAAGCACUUAUUUAGAUUCUGA